AUGGUGGAUUCAUCUAGUAAUCCGGAUUUCUUUCCUCUAUAUCAUCAUCAGUUCCGAGUAAUAUUGAUCGGCGAUUCGACUGUUGGGAAGAGCAGUCUUCUGAGGUAUUUUAUUGAGACGCGAACUGCCGGCAUCAGUGAUCCCACCGUUGGAGUCGAUUUCUACGCUCGGUUAAUUGAAAUCAAACCAGACUACCGAGUAAAGUUGCAAUUAUGGGACACAGCAGGACAAGAAAAGUUCAAGUAAUGUCAAAUUUCGUCGAAAUUUUAUCGAUUUAGGGCUAUAACAAAGAGCUACUAUCGGAAUUCGGCUGGAGUUAUUAUUGUCUAUGAUAUUACAAAUCGGAAAUCUUUCGAUAAUGUAAAGGAAUGGCUGGCUGAGGCCGAGGCAAAUAUCGGAGGACCAAACCCUUCUCAAUGUGUCUUCUUAUUAGUGGGACACAAAGCUGAUCUGGAGGAUAAAAGAGAAGUUCUCUUUGAAGAAGGUGAAUACUAUGCGAAGUAUCACAAAAUAAAGUUCGUCGAGACUUCUGCAAUGUCUGGAGAAAACGUAAAUGUAAGUUUCGGCUCUAAUGAAACACUAUUUCUUUUAGGAAGCAUUCCAGAUGGUAGCGCGUGAGAUCAACGCUCGUCUAGAGAAUGGAUCUUUGCCUUUAAACGAUGGUUGGGAUGGAAUCAAAUGCGGCUUGAUGAGGACACAGUCGAUAACUCUGUCGGACAUGUCACAAGAUCCUGCACAAAGCCAGUGCAAUUGCUAA